AAAUCCACUUCUGGUUACACACGUGCAUUCGUCACCACUCGACUCUUUCCGUAAACUGCGAGAAGCUUGUCCCGGAAUGACACGAGUUGGUCACGAAUGAAUCACUUCCUGCUGCUCAAUUUCCCUCAACACCAGGUAAGAUGGCGACCUCCCAAAAGUUAACAGAACACUUCCUGACAUGCACGAUAUGUACAGAGGUGUUUGACAAGCCCUGUACACUUGUAUGUAAUCACACCUUCUGUCGGAAAUGUGUCGUCAACUACACCAAAACCAGACCAGAAGCCGUCAGUGCCAAGUCUCUCCUGUGUCCAUUCUGCAGCAAGAUGACGAAAGUGUCUUCCCCUGAGAGACCAGUGGAGGAGUGGGCGGAUGACGUCAAGCCUAUCUUUGUCAUCCAGGGACUCUUGGACUCGUUUGGCCCCGGAUCUAAAGAUACGACUCACUGCAGUUAUUGCAAGGAGGAAGGGGAGACAACUCCGGCUACAUCUUGGUGCUCUGUUUGUGACGACGCACUCUGUGAACGAUGUAUACAAGUACACAGACGAAUUCCAUCUUUCCGUCACCAUGACGUAGUUGAUAUGUCUGGAGAGACAAAGGUUAGGGUCAAGAGAAAGGUCAUGUGUAAAAUUCACAAAGAUGAAAACAUCAAAUACAUUUGUAAAGAUUGUAAAACAGCUGUUUGUCAAAAAUGCUGCACAAUCCAUCACAGGAAAUGUGACUUGGUUGUUGAAAUUGAGUCGGAGAUUCCUGCAAUGAAAACCGAGCUGAGAAGGAAUAAAGAGGAUUUGUUGAAGAAACAAGACGAGAUGAAAACACAUGUUAAAAAACAAACCUCAAAAGUCAAUGAAGAAUUAACACUUUACUUACAAAUAGAAUCGAAUAUCAAGUCUGCAAGCCUCAAAGCAAUAGAGAUGAUCAAAGUCAAGGAACAGAACCUUCUGGCUGAACUGAAAGCGAUGUCUGACAGACACAUUGGAGAACUGAAGGCAGACAUAAAGUCAGUUGAGAUGUCAGUACAGAUGUACCAACAACAGGCUGAGCUGAUAGACCAGACUCUACAAUCUGAGUGUGACAUGGGUGUGUAUGAGAUGUACCAGGGAUGUGAGGCCGGUGAUGUGGAGGCUGUCGGAGUCGCAGACGUGAAAGAGAAGGGAAGAAUAGCCAGGAUCAUGUUCAGACAGGACAAGGACAAGCUGAGUAGAGCACUGGACGAUCUACAGCUGGGUGAGAUAGACGUCCUGUAUGAGGAUGUGCUGGACCUGAAGGCUAUUCCUGUGUUACAGGACACCAUUAACGUGCUGGACCUGAAGGCUACUCCUGUGUUACAGGACACCAUUAACGUCAGAGUAGCAGGAGAUACAUAUUGGACCAGCCCCAUUGACGUGACGGUGUUUGUGGUGAAUGGUAAAGACACAGUGGUAGUCACAGACUACAACAACAACAGUGUGAAGUCCUUCUAUUCCAGGAACAAGCAGCAAGGUCACAGCAGACUCAGUGUGGGUGGUCGUCCGUGGGGUAUAACAAAGUUGACGGACAACCAGGUGGCUGUCACUGUGCCGUCAGCCACUCAGAUUGUAACUGUGCAAGUCAACCCUGACCUGGUGCUGCUGUCAGCCAUCACAACCUGCAAACAGUACUGGGGUAUAACGUCUCUGACACCAUCAACACUAGCAGCAGGUUCCUACUCCCAUCCCUGUGUUGAUAUCCUGGGUAUGACGGGACACGUGCUGAGGUCAAUUUGUCAAGGCCAACCUAGUAGAUACAUCUUGAAGAAACCCUCCUUCCUCUGUACCACGAGGACAGGAAACAUCCUGGUGUGUGACCGGGGAUCCGAGUGUGUCGCGUGUCUGACUCCCGAGGGAGAUGUGGUGUUCACCUACAGCCCUACAGGAGACACAGCCCUGAAGUAUCCAUACGGUAUCACAAGUACCAGCACAGGCGAGAUCCUGGUGACAGACAGCCAUCUACAAAGAGUCAUCCAUCUGACUGAGUCAGGACAGUUUGUUAGACACAUGCUGACAUCACAGGAUGGUGUCAAGUAUCCACGUGGAGUGUGUGUUGGUGGGCGUGGUCGUAUGUACGUGUGUAUGUCAGAUGAAGUGAAGGUAUUUACAUAUAAGUGAGUGAACAUGUCACAAUCCUCCUUUCAAUCAACUGUAUUCACGUGUGAGUUGAGGAUUUAGAUUUGAUAUGUGUCAUUGUGUCUUAACCUUUAAGCACAUUUCACUGUGUUUUAGUAAAAUCACAUUAUAUAUUAGUGUUUAAUCACUCAUCUGAGCUUUGCUAUUUGAAUGUGAUGAAUUAAGAUUUAAUCAUACAUGGUCUGUAAAUGUACAUAUUAUAUUUGUAAUCUAAAUAGCAAGACACGGUUACUCACGUACUGCUUUUAGUCUUCAGAUCUAAUCUGAACAUGUUUUCCAUUUUAUGUUUUACAAACUUCGACUGUAGGUGGAUUUGAUAAAAUGUCAUUACAUCGAAUACCAGAUCCUCCGCAUGAUGUGUUUUUCAUGUUUGCACCGCAAGCGAGUGUAACAUGGAGCUAUUCCUUCUGUUCAGGACUGUUUUGUGACAGAUUUAUAUAUCAAGCGCCGAUUUACUAUUUAUUCCUGAUUUUACAUCAAUAAUUCAUUUAAUGAUACCCCAAAAUGAAUUAUUGUGAAUUAUCAUCAUGCCAGUGUAUUAUGGAUCUAUUCGUGAUAUCUGAUAUAUCUGUGUAAUAUUUACAUGACAGCCAGACUUAUAGGCAUUCUUACGACCACAAUGAUCCGGGCGACAGUUGCUGAGUUCGACAGGCUGAUCGUGGCUGCACACCGCCUAACCUGUCAACGUGAAAAGCCCGUAUUAAGCAGCCAUUGUGACCAACCGAUCACCAAUUUAGUCACCUUGUUUGACAUGGGUACAAAUCAAGGGACGAAUUUAAGUAUAAUAUCAGCCUCAGUGUUCCACAGAAUUCCCUGGAACUACUAUUGUACAUAUAUACAUUAAAUGUACUGAUUGUUUUGGUAACUUACUGAACUGUUUCGCGUUAUGAAGCACAGAACCGACAGCUCUCUCGUUUCUGUGGUGAGGACUUGUCACAUUCACUUGGCUUCUGAGCGGUCGAAGGGAGAUAAAUCGUGAUUGGAUGUUUUGUGAAGCGCAAUAAAAUACAGUGAACGAAAAUACACGUGAAGCCAGGCACAUUUUAUCACAUAGAGUGCUGUUUAUGUGUGUUGCAAAUAAAUGAAUCGACUG